AUUGGUUUUAGAGAUUGCCAAAGGUUCCCAUAAAACAAAACUGAGAAGUAACUUUCUAUUCAGAGAGAAAAAAGAGUUAAUAAGAGUGAGAGAUGAAGAGUGUGCAAGAGGAGUACCGUAAAGGACCGUGGACAGAACAAGAGGACAUCCUCUUGGUCAACUUUGUCCACAUGUUCGGAGAUCGAAGAUGGGAUUUUGUAGCGAAAGUGUCAGGUUUGAAGGUGGAGGGAGAAACAUAAGACUAGGUUUGAAUAGAACAGGAAAGAGCUGCAGGUUAAGGUGGGUUAACUACUUACAUCCUGGUCUCAAACGUGGUAAGAUGACUCCACAAGAAGAGCAUCUUGUCCUUGAGCUUCACACCAAAUGGGGAAACAGGUGGUCGAAAAUCGCCAGGAAAUUGCCUGGUCGAACCGAUAAUGAGAUAAAGAAUUACUGGAGGACUCAUAUGAGGAAGAAGGCACAAGAGAAGAAGAGACCUAUGUCUCCAACUUCCUCAUCUUCAAACUGUUGCUCAUCAUCUAUGACUACUGCAGCUACUCAAGACACUGGAGGAUCCAAUGGGAAAAUGAAUCAAGAAUGUGAAGAUGGAUACUACUCGAUGGAUGACAUAUGGAGAGAGAUUGAUCAAUCUGGAGCAAACAUUAUCAAACCGGUGAAAGACAUCUACUACUCUGAGCAAAACUGUUAUUUGGACUUCCCUCCUCUGGCUUCUCCAGCAUGGGAAAGCUCCAUGGAGUCUAUAUGGAACAUGGAUGCAGAUGAAAGUAAUAUGUCUUCUUUUGCCAUUGAUCAGUUUCCUCUCAGUUUUGAACAUGGUAGAUCAUCAUCGUGGUCGUCUUUACUCUAGGAUUUGAUUCAUUUGAAUGUUUAUAUAUGCAGCAUAUUUAUAUGUUAUCAAGCAACUGCAGUAGUUUCCCAUGACUUGCAUU